AUGUUGAAGCACUGGGAUAAAUUUACACCACCGGAUCCAAUAUACAAUUAUAUAAUUGGAACCUACGUUGGCAUCAUUGGAAUAACAGGAAUGAUAGUAAAUCUAUUAGUAAUAUUUGUUUUUUCGAGUCCAAGAUAUCCAACUGGCCUACAAAAUGCUUUGAUUAUAAAUUUGGCUAUAUCAGAUUUUGGGUUUUCUGCAGUUAUUGGAUUUCCUUUAAAAACGGUUGCAGCCUUCAAUCUAUACUGGCCUUGGGGUGUUCUUGCUUGUCAACUGUAUGGAUUUGCAAGUGGUACAUUCGGAUUUGUAUCACUGACCACAAUAUCUGCUAUUGCUUUUGAUCGUUAUUCUGUGAUCGUUAAAAACUUCAAAAUUAAUAGACAUGGCAACUUUCGAUUCACUAUUAUGAUUAUAAUCGGUCUUUGGGUAUGGUCUUUAUUAUGGACUAUUCCACCAUUUUUUGGCUAUGGACGUUAUGUGCUUGAGGGAUUUCACACAUCGUGCACAUUUGAUUAUAUUUCAAAUGAUGUGCCUAAUCUUUUAUUCAGCGGAGGAAUGUACAUAUUUGGCUUUAUGUUCCCAGUUUUGUUAUCUGUCUACUGUUAUCUGAAUUUAAUAAGAGUUGUUCGUCAAAAUGAACGAAAUUUAUCAUUAAGUCUAUCAAGUGAUGGCAGAUUCAAACCAUAUAAGUUUUCCAGAAACAGAAAACGUUUAGAUAUCCAGGCUGCAAAAUCUUCAGUACUGUUAUUGCUAUUUUAUCUAAUGUCAUGGACGCCGUAUGCUACAGUAUGCUUGGUUUCCCUGUUAGGCCAUACAGACUGUCUAACACCAAUGGUGGCUGAGAUACCAUGCAUAUUUGCUAAAAUGGCAGCUAUCUAUGAUCCAUUUGUCUAUGCUUUCAAAAAUGCAAAAUUCAAAUCGGCAUUAGGAAUUGGACGACCGAGUAAAAUCACCGCAUAUCAAUACGACACAUCAAUGAGAAAGAAAUUGUCACAGAAACAGGAAAUGCAAAUGUCAGGUGAACUGCUGGAUCAGAGGAAUUAG